AUGUGUCGUGCGAGCUGGAAGAACGAGUCACUACCCAAGGAGCUAGACCUAGAGUCUGAGCUAGACGCUGAGGCUACGCAAAUCUACCUGGACUGGCUGUAUACCUCCACUUUACACAUAUCCGCAAAGGUCUCUCGCAUUAACGAUGCCUUCAAUCUUGUCAUCCUCAAACUCUGGACUGUUGCCAACGCCGUCGAAGAUCCAGUGUUCAAGUCGCAAGUCAUUGCCACUUACUUCGCAGAAGCUCGCGCGCGUUUCUGGAAAGAGAGCGUGAAGUGGGCUUUCGUGGAGCGUAAGUGCGAUGACGAAAUUCGAGCUUUCGUCAUCGACAUAUCGCUUGCCUAUAUCGAGCCCGGUUGGUUCAAGAGCGAGGGCAAGAACUGGCCAGAGGCCUUCGUGAGUGAGCUAGCAGAUGCAGCCAUGGUCCGGUGGGGAGACAGGAAAGAUGGCAGAGCGACAAGGAAGAUGUGGAUGGAGAAGCUGAGCGUAGAAGUGGAUCUGACGAGCGAUGACGAAGAUACUGCGCCUGUAGGCGGCAGCACGAGUUUAGCGUCGGCAGCACCGCGAAGUCUGCGAGGCAGGAAUCCAGCUAUUGGUCUGAAUAGUCCCAAAGCUGAAGCUACAGAAGUACCAGCAACCAGGAAGCGUCCAUGUCAAAAGGUCGAAGUGAAGAAGCAUACACAUAGUGCGAAGCGUCGGCUGAAGCAAGAUGUCCGCUCCAUGCCUCUUUCCGAUGACUCGGACGACGGCGGACUGGUUGUAUACAGGUCGAAAGGGUGA